AUGGACGGUAGAUACAGCUCAAUAGCCCAAGCGGCUCUGUCUGGAGCCCUCCUUUUCAUCUUCUUACUGCGUCUGCUACUUCCCAAAGCACCCCAGUGGUGCAGCAGCUUUGCUCAGGAGGAAAGUGAGCAAGGGCCUCACCGGUUGAAGCAGUGGUCUUGGCCGACUAUCGGACUCGUACUAUUUUCAAUCGGCGGAUUGGCCCUGGCUAUAGUCUCCGCGAUAGCUACCCCGAAAACACUAUGGGUCUGGCUUGACCUUGUGCCAUGGGUAAUCACUGCGCUCAUCCUACUUAUCGACCGGCCGCGCAAAACGCCGAAGACGGUACUGACUAUACUCGGCGGCGCUGGUCUUGGCAUUAUCUUCCACCUAUAUGCGACCUAUAAUACUUCCCAGGAAGUCAACAUACUACACAUUGGACAACUUUGUGUCGCUUUUGGUGCAAUCACUAUUAUUCUUUCGAUGCCCAUGAGAGAUCCCGACUUACCGACAGACGGGAUUGCUGGACCGCAUGAUGCAGCAACCCAUGAACUCCGCAGCCCCGAAGACAGAUUAUCUCUGUGGCAGUUCAUGACUGUAUCGUGGAUGGCUCCCUUGAUGAGAGCGGGUUCUAGCAAGAAGCUCAAUGACGAAGAUGUGUGGCUACUGCCAUACGAGUUUCAGCACAGCCGCCUGCACGUGUUAUUCAGAGAUCUCCAGGGCUCGCUUAUAUGGAGGCUCAUGCUUGCGAACGGCCUAGAUCUUAUCAUCACCACUUCACUAGGCAUCCUGGAGACAGCAGCAAAUUUGGCAGGUCCGCUCCUGCUAAAAGCUUUGAUAGCCUCCAUUGAGAAAAAGGGGGACACUCGGGGCGAGUCCGUCUUCUUCGCUAUUGCUAUUCUGAUCGUACGACUUGUCGCGUGCCAAUCCGCUGUUUUCAGCCUUUGGUACUGUCGCCGGGCUUAUGAGCGCUCUCGCGGUGAGAUGAUCACGACCAUCUACGCCAAAACCUUGACCAGGAAAUCCCAGGGGUUCAUGCCCGGUGAAAAAGACCCGGCUCAUGUCAACGGGAACUCGCUGAACGGCGGUAAGCCAAAAGAAGGCAAACUGGCUCGACUCCUUGUAUGGUUGAAAAUACGGAAGGGUCGUCCUAAGCAAGUUGUUGACAACGCGAAACCUCCGGCUACGAUGGGUAAAAUUUUGAAUCUGAUGAGGAACGACUGCUAUGAGGUGGCCCAGCGGUUCUGGGAAUUCCCAAACCUCAUUACCAAACCUUUGCAAUUUGCGCUGUCUCUCUUUUUGGUAUGGCAGUUUUUGGGUUGGCCAUGCUUGCUCGGUGUAGCAUGGGUAGUCUUCAUACAGUUGCUCAAUGCUGCCACGGUUAAAGGGCUUCUGUCCCGAGAGCGCCUUCGAAGAGCAGCAACGGACAACCGUCUCCAAGCAACCUCGCAAUUCGUCGAGGCUAUUCGGCACUUGAGGUGGUAUGACUGGCAAGGCAAAUGGCUCGACAAAAUCAUGACGGCAAGAAACCGUGAGCUCCACAUGAAGGUGAUUACUGGACUAUGGACCGCCGCUAUAGGGACUAUCAACAUUUCAGCCGGAAUGCUCUUCCCGGUUGUUAGCUUCUUCGCCUACACCUAUAUCGCCGGCAGGCCACUUUCGGUGGAAAUCGCUUUUCCAGUACUUCAGCUAUUCAACAUGCUUGAGACUAGCUUGAAAGAGCUCCCCGAUCUCAUCCUGGUUGUCCUAAAUGCCUCCGUGGCUAUAGAUCGGCUUGAAACUUUUAUGAAGGAGCCUGAUAAGGAAGAGGGCUGCUUAAGCGAAGCAAUUACGGACAUCGAGUUCAAAGACGCUUCUCUGGCUUGGCCAGGGACUCACAGUCCUGUUCUAAACGACCUGAAUCUAAACUUCUCGACCGGACUUACCGUUGUCUGCGGCAAGGUAGGGUCUGGGAAAAGCGCCCUUUUGCAAGCGAUUCUUGGGGAGCUUGACCGCCGACACGGUGACUGCACCCGUCCAGAUGAGAUGAUAGGCUACUGCGCCCAGUCGCCCUGGCUACAACAUAUGAGUAUUAGAGAAAAUAUUCUCUUUUCCGCACCUUACGAUCCCGUCCGGUACCGCCAGGUUAUAGACGCCUGUGCCCUGACCCCAGAUCUGGCCAACUUUGAAGGUGGUGACCUUGCUUUCGUCGGAGAAAACGGUAUAGGACUUUCAGGAGGCCAAAAGGCUCGCGUCGCCCUGGCCCGCGCCGUGUACAGUCAAUCUCGCAUUCUUCUACUUGACGACCCCUUGGCGCCACUGGAUCACAACACUGCUGAGUCUAUCGUCCAGAAGCUCUUCCGCGGAAAACUGGUUGAGGGACGCACAGUCAUACUUGUCACCCAUCGUGUCGAUUUGGUGAUGCAUCUAGCUGACCAAGUUGUUGAGAUUGAUGGUGGCAAAGCACACGUAUUGAAUCCCGAAGAAAUACCACGUCAGAUCGCGGUACUGUCUGAAACGGCCAAACAACUUGAUGCCCAACAAGAUUCAGAGGCAGAUUCAAAGCCAGAUGAAGCUGCCGUGCCAGACAAGUUUAUCGAAGAGGAGCACCGCAAGACGGGAGGCGUGGUCCUCUCGGUAUACUGGACCUACAUCAGAGCAGGCAUGCUGAGAUGGUGGGCCGUGCUCAUCGUCGCAUUCUCCAUUUUCAGAGGUGCUCGUAUCUUCAGCGGCUGGUUCGUCAAGGCAUUUUCCGAGGGCUACCCCAAACAGCACACUGAGACAGGCCGGCACAUAGCCUAUCUCGCACAGAAGACAUUGACUGUUACUGGAGAAGUAGCCUCAAAUCAGACACGCUCCAUUGUCGAUCACCUCUUCGAUAAUCUACCGCCACCUGAUCAAAACGUUGGCCCGUGGUUGCUUUGGUACCUCGGCAUAGCACUGGUGAUGACACUGCUAUUCGCCAUCUGCCAGUGUUUCCUGCUGCUUAUUCUCUAUAUCGCUGCCAAGAACCUGUUUGUAAAGGUCAUUACACGGGUCAGCAACGCGACGUUCCGCUUUUACGACGUCACCCCGAUCGGGCGGUUGAUGAACCGUUUGACUUCGGACAUUGGUAUGCUUGACGGUGGGAUUAUAUCACCGUUGCAGAAUAUGGCAUUUUUCUUCCUGACAUGGGUCAGUGCAAUGGUUAUCAUUGCAUUCGUGACGCCCGUGUUUUUCAUCUUUGCUCUGCUAAUGACAGCCGCCUUCGUCUAUGUCUUUAUGAUGUUUUUGCCUACGUCGCAGAGUCUCCGUCGCCUGGAAAUGGUAUCACUGAGUCCUCUAAUGUCAAACUUUGGAAUCUUGUUAGAUGGGUUGGCAACAAUUCGAGCAUUCAAGGCACAGCCCAAUUUCCAGAACCGGAACAUCGUGGUGACCGAUGCUUUCCAGCAAAAGGACCAUUUCUAUUGGUCGCUUCAGUCCUGGUUGAUGUACCGUUUCGACUCUCUCUCGGCUUUCUCGACCUUCGUGCUCACGAUGAUUGCACUCUACAAUGGUCUAAGCUCCGGGUUGACUGCUUUCGUGCUGACAACAGCCGCGCAGUUUGUCGACGCAACACACUCCUUAUGUAAGGUAUACGGACAGCUGCAGAUGGAUUUUGUCUCGGUCGAACGUGUCAUCGAGCUCCUCGAACUGGAAGAAGAGCCAAGCGGACAUAUCGACCCGCCGGCAUCUUGGCCCUCACACGGAGACGAUAUACAGUUCGACUCCGUGACCAUGAAGUAUGCGCCGCAUCUCGAGCCCUCACUAUCAGAUGUGACCUUCUCUAUUCCAGGCGGGUCUACUUGCGCGGUCCUGGGGAGAACAGGCUCUGGCAAGAGCACCCUGGCCCUGGCCCUACUGGCCACCCUGCGGCCAGAGAAGGGCAACAUAAAGGUCGGCACCAUGGACAUAUCCAAGGUGAACGUACACACUUGGCGCCAGCGUAUCAGUUUCGUGGCACAGGACCCGGUGCUCUUCCCCGGGACCUUGCGGCAGAACCUUGACCCGCUCGAGGAGCACUCAGACCCCGAGUGCGUCGCGGUGCUGCACCGCAUCCUCGGCCCCGGCUGGUCGUUGACGUCGCACGUCGACGGCGGCGGCAAGAACCUCAGCCAGGGCCAGCGGCAGCUCGUCGGCAUUGGCCGCGCCGUGCUGCGCCGCAGCGCUGUCGUCGUGCUGGACGAGGCCACGGCCUCGAUCGACAAGAAGACGGCGCUCGCCAUACAGGAUGUUCUGAGGGAUGAGCUGCGCCAGAGCACCGUCAUCACCAUCGCCCACCGGCUCGAGGCCGUCAAGGAUGCGGAUUAUCUAAUCCGCCUAGAUAGUGGCAGGGUUAUCGAGGCAGGCCCCGCGAAGAACUUGCAGUGA